AGGUACCAAACCCGAUGCACACUCUCAGUGGACUAAACAAUCCCUCUGCAGAGCGAGCAAGAUAAAAGAUAGGAACCGCGUUCGCUGUCUCGCUCUCCGGUCAGAUCUCUUCCCAUCAACCAGCGAACCGCGUCGUCUAUCUCGCUCUCCGGCCAGACCCUUUCCCUUCAACCAGGGAGCCGCGUCGUCUAUCUCGCUCCGUUCCAGAUCCGUUCCAUAUACGUUGUCAGUGCCAUUACUCAGGUUUACCAGAUCCCCGCUCGACCAGGAGUUCACCAGUUCUUCGGGCGAUCUCCAGAAAGAUGAAAUGUUCGACCUAGUCAAUCCCAGCAGGAGAUAUAGAUAAGAUAUCAUGGCGAACAAGAUACAACAUACAAGUGCAACGACAAGGGAGUUUACACUCGAGUUGUUGAAACAAAUUACAGAUGAUUUUUCUGAGGAGCAUGUCAUUGGCCGUGGUGCGUAUGGAGUAGUCUACAAGGGAUUACUGCACGAUGGGGAAGAGAUUGCUCUCAAAAAGCUUCACUACAUGCCUGGGCUGGACGACCAGCAAUUUAUGAACGAAUUUAAUAACCUUAUGAGGGCCCAGCAUCCAAAUAUCAUCCGAUUAGUGGGCUACUGCUAUGGACUAGGACAUGAACGCUUCAAGUACAAUGGCGAAUAUAUUUUUGCCCGUGUACGAGAAAGGAUUCUCUGCUUUGAAUUUCUGCAGGGUGGAAGCCUUGAGAAUCAUAUUUCUGAUGAAUCCUGCGGACUUGAUUGGAACACACGUUUCAAAAUUAUCAAGGGGGUUAGCAAGGGAAUAAAUUAUCUUCAUAAUGGAUGCAAAGAUUCUAUUUACCAUCUUGACUUGAAGCCUGAGAAUAUAUUGCUAGACAAGAACCUGGUCCCGAAAAUUGGAGAUUUUGGUUUGUCAAGACUUUUCCAAACAGAAAAAACGCAUAUCACAAACAAAUUUAUGGGAACAAUAGGAUACAUGCCACCAGAAUUCAUCGAUCGACGCGCAAUCACACCAAAGUUUGAUGUAUUCAGCUUCGGUGUUAUAAUAAUUCGGAUAGUGGCAGGAUAUGAGGGCUAUUCCAAAUGUGAACAUAUGUCUCCUCAUGAAUUUCUUGAGCAUGUACAUGGAAACUGGAGAAAGCGGAUGCUGGAAACAAUGUCAUCGCAUAUAUCAGAGCAAGUUAUGACAUGCAUUGAAAUAGCGUUUAGGUGUGUGGAGUUCGACCGAGAGAAAAGGCCUACCAUAGCAGAUAUUGUCAAUGAACUGAAUAAGAUCGAUAAGGCCGAAAGUGUAGCUAUAGCCAAGAACUCAGACGAACAGGAGCACACUCUAGAAAAACAACCUGUGAUUCAAGUACAAGAAAAAAAUAGUACGGAAGAGAAUACCAGAUACACAACGACUGGGUCCAUUUCGAGAACAAGUAUUUCCGAACGGAGGGAGUACGCGAGAACGGAUUCCAUUUAUACUGUCAUGAAGUAUCAGACAGCAAACCCAGUCGUUGCCAUGGCCUCCCUGAUCCUCCACAAGCUGCGCGAGCUCCUCUCUACCGAAUACAACCUGGGAGCGAAGUUGAAGAAAGAUAGAGAGCACCUUCACAGGGAACUGGAGAACCUUUGUGAUGCGGUGGAUAACAUCGAUUCUAUGAUGCGUUCCACGUCUCCGGAACUGCAAGGUCCGAGGAAAGAUUCCUAUCUGGUGCCUUUGUCUCCGAAACGGCAAAGUCCGAGAAAGGAUUCCUAUUUGCUGCGCUUGCCUCGCACGUCUCGGAAACUGUCAAGUCAGAUAAAACAACCUUCAAGGAGGAACUCCUGCGAGAGAAAGAAAGGGAAGGGCCGAAAUUAAGAAGCGUGCGCAAUGACCACCAUUUUUUAGAACAUUAUUAGAGGGCUGGGGGUUGACGGGAGGCAAAUACAUUUGCUUGUGAUUCUUCGGUUGCGCCAAGUUUCGAUUUUCUGUUUACGGGAGACUUUCAAACAGUAGUUCACUCUUUGCGUCAGUUCUUAUCAGCUUCUUUGUGGGAUUACGAGUGAAAUUAAGCACAGAUAAAAGAUCACUCAAAAUUUACUGAGAAGCAUAGUUUCUAAGCUCUUUC